AAGGAACCUACUGAUGCAUCAUAUACAUCUUGAGGAAAGAUUCAUUCGAUCUGAGCUUCGUGCCAAAUAACGUGAGGAAUCCCUCAGCCGUCCCAUCCAAUAUUUCCCUGCUCCUCUCGUCUCGUCCCCCCUGCUACGGUACCCUCGUCUCUUAUUCCCACAACCGAACCCAAAUGUCUUUUAUUUCUUACAUCACCGACAACAACACGGGCAGAAGCUGAAUCUCCAACGACUCGCCGGAAACCGUACGGCGCAUUCGAUACCCAUGGAGACAGAGCCCCAUCGGCCGCAGCAGCAGGGGAUGAGCUCCCACUGCCUCCUUUCCAACUGCAAACGCCAUCCCGACGAGCAAGUCACCGGAUUUUGCGCGUCCUGCCUCCGCGAGCGACUUGCCGGACUUGACAAUGAUAAUGCUCGCCGCACCUCCACCUCCUCCGCCGCCGCCUCCCUCAAAACAAUCUUCUUGAGUUCCUCUAUUGGCGUCAAUGGGCGUGCUUCUUCGUCCUCUCAACGCCGAAGCUGUCACAACAAGAACACCGCGGCCUCCUCCGUUCGACCGGACCUUCGACGUUGCAAAUCGUUCGCCGGCGGUCCAAGAUCCGACGCGGCAGUCGAGCCGCGACGCAAGUCAUGUGAUGUCCGCGUGCGGAGCACUCUCUCGUCCUUGUUUCACCUGGACGACCGAGAUAGGAUCCUCGACGGUCGCCAAAAAUUCCUUCUUUCGUCGUCUACCGCAGCAGCCACAGCUCUAGCAGCUGGUGAGAUUGAGGUUGAGGCGGACUCGGUUGUCAUAGUGGAUGCUUCAAAAGACGAAUUGGAAGAUGUUAAGCCGAUGAAGGACCACAUAGAUCUAGACUCAUCCCAUAUCAAGAAAGACCCUGCCAGAGAAGUCAAAGAAAUUGCUGGAAGCUUCUGGCUUGCUGCCUCAAUCUUUAGUAAAAAACUCCAGAAAUGGCGGAGGAAGCAGAAGACGAACAGAAGCACGGCCCAACACGGUGGCAUCCGCACCUCCUUGGCUUUACCGUCGGAGAAGGAAAAAAAACCCAUUUCUUCUCGUCCGUUUAGAGACACACAGUCAGAGAUCGCCGUAGAUUCUAUUGCUCGCCGCCGCUCUUGCGACAUUGCUCCAAGAUAUUCCCUUGAAGCUGGUCGCAUCUCCUUUGACGAAAGGAGAUGCUCGCUGGAAGAUCCCAGGGCUUCGUGGGACGGCUGUCUCUUCAACAGUGGUCGAUCCUUGCAUUCUCGGUUUCCAGUGAAGCUCGCCGUGGUUGAGGACGCCGUCGAGCGGUCCGACGGCCUCAUCCCUGUAGAAGAGGAUACAAAGACGCCAGGCUGCUCUGCACAGACCCGGGAUUACUAUUCCGACUUCUCUAGUCGCCGAAGGCGUAGCCUUGACCGCUCGAGUUCGUCGCGAAGACACUCAGUAGUGCUCUGCGACUCAAAACGAACUCCGAAUGCCAGCAUCCCCGAGCUCUUCCAUUGGAGCAAGUUGGAGCGGGAGUCCAAUUCUUUUAGAGAAGAUGGUUCCGGAAACUUUGUUUCCACUUUCAGGGAUCCAGUAAAUAUUCCUUCUGUUAAAAAGUCCCGCCAUUGGAGCAUUUGGGGGUUUAUCCAUAGGCGUAAUGCAAACAGGCCAGGAGAAUCCCAAUCGAUGGACCGAACCUUCUCUGAGACCUGGCCAGAGCUCAGAGUUACUGGGACGACGAUGCAAAGGAGUAGUAGUGUGAGCGCAAGGAGGUCGUUUUCCACCAAUGGCAGACUCUCUAGCACACAGAAGAGCGUGAAAAAGAAGAACAAGAACAGCAAGGAGAUUGUGCUGGAUAAGAGCCAGAGUGCGAGGUAUUCUCCUAGCCAUUUUGACAAUGGACUGCUUAGGUUUUACCUGACGCCUUCGAGAGGUAACUGGAGAAACGGAAUGUUGGCAAAGAACAAGUUUGGCAGUCCGCGAUCCUUCACAAGUAAUAUACUAAGAUUGUAUUGAAGCAUGAAUUGUCUUACAGUAGGUUCAUGCUCUAAUUGCAGUUCUUUGGUAGUAUUUUAUUUUUCCAAGGAUGUGAAGGGAGUGAUAAAGAAAAAAUUCUCAUUUUGGCCAUCUUUCUGAUCAUUUCAUUCAGACAUGUCAGCAUCUUUCCACUUUCUCUUUCUGAGAUUUCAUUCUGCUAUUUAGAAUGUCCUCAGACAUGCCAAACGAGCUGCCUCUCCUUCACUUAUUUGUCAUUUUUUCAUUUUUUUUUUCAUGGGAAAUUAAUCUUCCUACUAUUUUAUUAUUUCGCAUCUUCAUAAUGCCAGAGUUGCAUAAGCAAAUCGGCCUAAUUUCGUGAUGCUCCUCCACCAAGCUUUCUCCAAUUAAAGGUGAGAAGGGGCGCACAGCCUUACCUGUAGGUCCUCUAAUGUACAAGCAAAUUAUUUCAAUAACGCCUCAUAUGCAGCUCGGCUCAUGAAUGGAGAGAAUUUUAGCAGCAUAUUCUGUUCUAAAUUUGAUCAGUAUGUUAUUUUGGAGCUAUUAAGUUUAUUUUGAGAUUAGCCAUCCAUUUAACUCUUGUGCUAUGUGCUGGAUACUGAUUUAUAUUUUGCGAAUAAGACUCCAGAGUACAGCCGAGUGAAGGAGAGAGAGAGAG